AUGGGCUCCGCGGCGAAGGAGUCCGCCAUGGACGAGAUCCAGUGGAGGAACCCAGCCUUCAUCAUGCAGAAUGGUCCAUUACAUACGAAUACCGUGCUGCACUACUUCGCGACAUCCCCAUUCUUCGACCCAACGUCCAACAACAAUGUAAUCCAGAACCAGGCCAUGUACAAUGCCAACCUCUUCCACGUACUCGCUACCCGAGAGGCCUUCGAGACUCGUUUGAGGAGUAUGCAGGGACUCGAGUACAUUGUUGCGGAACAGCCCGCCGAGACUGGCCCGGGCCAGGGAACAGGCGUAUGGGUGAUCCGCAAGCAGAACAGGCGGAAGAGGCCCGGGCAGGAGGAUGAGUUGACGGUGCAUAAGGACUAUUUCCUGGUGGGAGAGAACCUAUACGCUGCGCCGACGUUUGCGGACCUUAUGAGCUCCAGAAUGGCAACCGUUUCCACGGCAGUGGGGAAGAUCCUGGAGAGUGCCAAUAGCAUACAGAAGUGGACACCUGCGAAGGGCCAUGUCUACGCCAACCCUCAAGUUCCAAGAGCUUCGACCUUGGAGCCAAAAGAGGCAACGCCAAUGCCCGAAGCCCCCGGUGCCAAACAAGGCCAACCGCCCGCAAAGACUUCGACAAGGGAGGAGGAGUUGGCGCGCCUGGCCGAGGAAUCCUUCCGUAUCCACAUGAAGUACGGCGGCGACUACAUGGAUGAGAUACCCAUCACGGGAGCCCCAGGGAACUUCCAUUUCGCAUCAACCGGGCGCAACGAUAAGCUUGCCGUGCCGAGUGCCCCUCCUGUGGCCCUGAAACCGCCCACACUGGCCCCCCUUAACACGAAGGCUGUCGAGGUCCUCUCUGCGAAGGAGACCAAGAAGACCAAGAGUCCAAGGCCAGGAGGCAGCGCCAAGUCAAAGGAGAGGAGGAAAAGCAAGGGAGGCUCAGGCAUAGCUACUGGCACGCCUACCCCAUCGUGA